AUGGCGGACACGGCAUCCGACAAUCAACCGGAGCCAGCCCCACCCACCGAAUCGGCGAGUGCUGACAACUUCGGCGAUCUACUGGCGCAGCUACUACAAUCACUACCCGCUGAGGCGUCACGGCUCUUCCUUAUGGCGCUCAGUGGUCUAUCUCCGAGUGAGAGUGCUGAGCUUUGUCGCUAUGUUGAUCGCCUACGCGACGAGAAGCAGUUUCGCGUGAUUAAAGCCAUGGCCGAGUCUACCAUCGAGGGCAAAAAAAAGUUUAUCCUAAACUUGCGCAAGAAGUUUAUCGUUCAGCAGGCUAAGCUGGCCGAAGUACAGGCGCAGGAAGAGCAGAACAUGGAGUCUCACCUUAAGCGCAAGCAGGCGCUAAACGCUGCCAGUCGCGUCAAAAUGCUCAAUGGUGGAGCCAACAAAUUUCAUUCGUUUAAUGCUGUCGUUGGCCCUGAUGGCAAAGAAAAUGAUGGUCAGAAACUGACGUCACAGCUUUUGGCUGGUAUGCCAAAUGCGGAUGGCGUCGUCGUUGGCCGCUCGCUGUCUUCCUCGUCUGUAGUAAUCUCCAAGGAAGAUAUUUCUCAAGUGGGGCGUCUACUCAGCCACUCGCAUAUUGGCGACUCGGAGAUGAACUUACGCGAACUGGAAAUUAACAAAAAAGGUUUCAUCCCGGGAUUUAGCAAGAGCGCAACAACUGCAACACAGGACGACGACUUCUCGAUGUCGAAGCGCGACCGUCCUGAGAGUAGCCGUGCGCUUGUUGAAGGCGAACAGAAGCCCGCGCAGCGCACACGUCCCGAUGCAGACACGCCUGUUGCAGUCCACACUGACAACACUGAGAACUCCAACGGAGACAUUGAAACUGUUGAAGACCCCGACGCUCCGACGACCAAGCGCUGGACGAAGAGUCAGGAUGCGGCGCUUCGUGAGAGUGUGCGUAUCCACGGUGAAAAGAACUGGAAGGCUAUUGCCGAGUUGGUACCAGGUCGCAACCACGCCCAAUGCCUGCAGCGUUGGCGAAAAGUGCUCAAGCCGGGUCUAGUGAAGGGCCACUGGUCGUUUGAAGAGGAUCAAGUGCUCGAGUAUUUGGUAACACAGGGCUGCAACAACUGGGGUCAAAUUGCUGAGCGUAUACCUGGCCGUACACCCAAGCAGUGUCGUGAAAGAUGGAAAAACCACUUAGACCCGGCCAUUAAUAAGGGCCCGUAUACGGAAGAGGAAGAUUCUGUGAUCCUUACGGCACAAGCACGGCUCGGUAACAAGUGGUCGCAGAUCGCACAACUUCUGAAGGGGCGUACCGAAGACUCUGUGAAAAUUCGUUGGAAGUCGCUCAAGCAGAACCCAAGCAAGGCUGCAGCAUCGCACGCUCAGCACAAGAAGAAUCAGCAGCAAGCACAGGCUGCCGCAGCACAGCAGGCGGCGAUGGGCUACAACAACUCGGCGCUGAUGCGGCAGCGACAGAUGCAACUUUUGCAGCAGCAGCAACAUCUGCAGGCGCAUAACGCCGAGGCAGUACAGCAACUCGACCAGCAGCAACAAAUGCAACAGAUGCGUCUUCACGAGAAGAUGAUGCAGCAGCAGAUGCAGCAGGGCCAGCACAUUAGCCACGUUGCCAUGCUUACGGAGGAUCUGAAGGCAGAACCGUACCAGCAAAACCGCGCUAUGCUCAUGGGCCACUCGCCUGCUGCCGACCCGAAUUUGUACGCCGCUGCUGCCUAUGCCCAGCAAUCUUAUGUCCCACCGCAGCAAUAUGAGAGUCAGGAGUACGCUGCCAACAGUGGCUACGAUCCGCGGUAUUUCGAACGACAGACGUCCACUGGCGUUGCGAGUCAAGGCGCGUCUCCUGCACACCAGUCUGGCCAGCAGCAGCAACAGAAUGGCAGUGAGACCUGGCUCCCGCCCUCUGCAGCCCCCGCAAACGGUGAGAUCGACCAAGACGGGAUGUCCCGGAUAGCCGAUAACCAGCAGCAAGCUCAGCAGCCGCAGCAACCUGGCGCCAACGGGCAGGGUAUGUGGGACCCGUACCCACGACAGGAUGCCGCACAACUGAGCCCGCUGAGUCUGCAGGCGUUGUUGCAAGAUCCUGCACGCGCUGGUACAAUGGAUCCAAGUUUUUACCAGCCCGUGGAGCAGCAGCCACCGGAGGCCGUGACGUACGAAAUUGGUGGCUCAAGCUUCGGCGGCACACCGAGCAUGGCGUUUCCACACACCCAUGCGCUGUAG